CUCGAGUUCUGCCUGGAAGAAUGUCUGCAACAUCACCAAGGACAGGUGGCUUCAUAGUCGGUGCGAGUGGAAAUCGACAGGCCCAGACGCGUUGGCGGCAGUGAAUCAGCCCUCCCCACUGGAGUAUUUCCCUUUCGCAGCUCACUCGCCCGCAAGAAACAAAGGAAGAAGAAGGCACAAAGGGCUCCAGACGCAGCAACACGGACGCCACCUUUCUCCAAUCUUCUAGACGAAAGCAAUCAUCACUAUGAGCGAGGUUACGGAAAGCCACACAACCACAACGACCACGACGGCGGGUGAGCAGACGGAGACGGUCGUGACAACCACGACUACCACCACAACCACCACUACGACUGAGGAGAUGACGUCCGCGUUGGCAGACGCAAUGGACAAGUUCUCGUUCAUCCCGGAGUUCGGCGGCCAGGGUAUCUCCUACUGGACCGAGCUGCAGCGGCUCUACGCCGCGUCCGAGACCAGCAGCGCGCGUGCGUUCAUCGAUACCGCGGCGCAGGCGCUGCUGGACGAGUCCAGCUCGGACGAGGCCAAGGUCUCCGUCGCCUUCGAGGCGGUCAUUGACGUGCACAGCUGGUUACAGAGCCUGGAGGUCGGCGAUGCACCUGCAGGCCUGGCGCUGGACCGUGUCUUCUUCAGUAUGCCGCUGCUUACUCUGACCCAAUGUGCAAACUACCUUAACUUCCUCGAGACCGCGGGCGUGAGCCAUGAGACAGUGGCGAAGAACUCCGCCACCGCCGUGGGCCACAGCCAGGGCGUGGUGAGCGCCGUCAUCUUCUCGGCGGCUAAAACGGCUCAAGAGUUCGUCGAGAUCGGCGUCUCCGUGCUGCGCUACAUGUUCUGGCAGGGACUGCGCGCGCAGGAGGCGUACCAGCACCUGCUGACGCAGUACAAGCAGGAUGGCAAGAACAUUGAGGGUGCCGGCCCGAUGCUGGCCGUGCGAGGGCUCAAGAAGGAGCACGUUCUCAAGUCUAUCGAGGUGGCCAAGCGCCGUACCAAGUCGCCCGACCUGCACCUCUCUCUUAUCAAUGCGUCCGACAUGAUGAACGUGACGGGCUUCCCCGCGACGCUGACGCUGCUGAAGCAGGCGCUCGAGGGCCUGUUUGCUAAGCCGGACGCCGACCAGACACGUAUCCCGCACUCGCAGCGGAAACCAACGGGUUCGCUGUCGUUCCUGCCGCUCUCGGCUCCCUUCCACACACCAUUGCUGUCCGAGGCCAAGCCGAAGUUGGUGCAGGACGUGCAACGCGUCAAGUGCGCGAUCAAGGGCGGUCAACUGCAGGUGCCCGUGUACGCGACCAAUGCAGAGGCCACCAACCUGCAGACGGUGGACGACGUCAUCGAUGAACUUAUUAACAUGCAGCUACUGGAGCUGGUGGACUGGACGGCGACGUGGGCGAAGAUCGCUGAACACCACUCAAACGCGACGCACAUUCUGGAGUUUGGCCCCGAUCUUGGCGUCGCCAAGCUGAGUGACAAGUUCGCUGAAGGUCUGGGCAUUGAGUUGGUCAUCGCGACUGCCAAGCACCCCGUUAUGAGCUCCUCGACGGCGUCCGCUCCUCUUGUUGGCCUGCAGCAGUUCAUCGAUGCUACGUCGACGUUCACUUCGGUUGAGGCGACGUGGGAGAAGAAGUUCGGCCCGCAGGUGACUGAGUCGGGCAAGCUAGUCAACAGAUUCACGCGCGCACUGAACAAGCCACCAGUUAUGGUGGCCGGUAUGACGCCGACUACCAGUUUGGAGGGCAUCGACCUCGUUGCAGCCAUCCAGAACGCUGGUUUCCACGGUGAAUUGGCCGCGGGUGGUCUGUCGCGCCCCAACAUCUUCGAAGAUGCCGUGAACGAGCUCGUGUCCAAGAUCAAGCCCGGUCUCGGCAUUGCGAUCAACAUGUUGUACCUGAACGCGAAGCAGUGGGGCUUCCAGUUCCCGAUGGUGCUGCGAAUGCGUCGCAGUGGUGUGCCUAUCGAAAGCAUCACUAUCGGCGCUGGUAUCCCGACGAAGGAGCGAGCGCUUGAGAUGAUGUCGCAGCUGGAGGAUGUGGGCAUCAAGGUGGUGUGCUUCAAGCCUGGUUCGGUGGACGGCAUUCACGCUGUGCUGGAGAUCGCAGCGGCCAUGCCGAGUAUGACUGUGAUGCUGCAGUGGACUGGCGGUCGUGCUGGUGGUCACCACAGCUUCGAGGACUUUCACCAGCCGAUGGAGGAGACGUACGCCGCCAUCCGUCGCGUGUCGAACGUGCUGCUGGUUGUCGGUUCCGGUUUCGGGAACUGGGAGGACUCGAAGCAGUACCUCACGGGCGAAUGGAGCUUGUCUCGUGGCCACCUGUUCAAGAUGCCUGUCGACGGUAUUCUGAUGGGCUCUCGCGUGAUGGUUGCCAAGGAAGCUGCGACUGCGCCAGAGGUGAAGAAGCUGCUGGUGGACACGCCUGGUAUCGAGUCGGAGCUGGAUCACAUCGGAGCUGGGCGAGCCCAUUCACGUCGUGGCGAACCGCUGCACUCUGCUGUGGAAGGAGUUCGACGACAAGUACUUCUCGAUCCCGCGCGACCAGGUUGA